AUGCGGGAUCAGUUUCACUGGCCGACAAUCUCUGCAGGAAAACACCACAUCCAGAUCGCAGCCUCUACAACACAGAAAAUCCAGCAGAUCCAUAUAGGAAAUACUAAAAGGUUUUAUUCAAACCAGUGCUGGAAUAAAGAUGACACCUUUUUCCGGUUUACACGCUCUCGGUUCCUUAGUGAUGAAGCAAAAGAGCUGGCACAACGAUACAUCAAAUUCGAUGUCAAUGAGUUAGCAAAGACCGCAGCCCGGAUUUCUGGUCCUGGAACUCGAGAGUGCAUCAGGGUGGAGAAGAUGGCGGAUGGGCUGUACAGCAAGGCCUUGCUUCUGACCAUGGAUGACGGUGUCCAGGUCAUUGGCAAAGUGCCGAAUCCGAAUGCUGGCAUACCCCGUUUUACCACUGCAUCUGAAGUGGCAACAAUGGACUUCGUUAGAAAUAUACUUGGGACACCAGCUCCUAAGGUCCUUGGUUGGAGCUCAGGGACAGAUAACCCGGUCGGUGCAGAAUAUAUCAUAAUGGAGAAGAUACCCGGAGUGCAGCUGGAGACAUUGUGGAACAAACUUGACGUUGAAAUGAAGGUUAACAUUGUCAAGGAGAUAGCAGGCUAUCAAAGAGGUUGGACCUUGACGUCAUUUCCCCAGUAUGGUAGUAUAUACUACAAGGAGGACAUACCCAAUGCAACCAGCUUGACAUAUACGAACAAAAACGGCGAGCAGGUAACGGAUGACCGGUUUACUGUUGGGCCAUCGACAAGCAGACAACAUUUCGAUGACGGAAGAGCAAGUGUCAAGUUUGACAGAGGGCCUUGGGGUAGUCCAUUGGACUAUGCAAAAGCAGCAGGCUACAGAGAAAUGGAAUGUAUUACACAGAUACCAAAGCUACCAAAAUCUCCAAUAGGACUCUAUGGACCUCAAACAUAUCGUCCUUCAAAGGAGAAAAAGAUCAGAGCGUUGCAGGCAUAUAUGGAGAUUGUCGAUCAUCUACUUCCAGAUGACAAGUCCAUAACGGGAUCUCACCUGUGGCACAACGACUUACAUGCAGAAAACAUAUUUGUUAACCCUGAUAACCCAUCUGAGAUCUGUGGAAUCAUCGACUGGCAGACAACGGAAUUAGCGCCCCUGUAUGAUCAUACAAUUGAACCAUACUUCCUUGAGUACCAAGGGCCACGUAUGACCGGAGACCUGCUACAACACCCGGAUAUCAAGGAGAUUCAAAAGCUCUUUGAAGACGACGAAGAGCUUAUAGCUUCGGAGAAAAAACGAAAAGCAGAGUCUCUGUUUUGGAAAAUGGCACUGGUCUCCCUUUGGAGAAAUACCCUCCACAUGGGAAUCGAACCACUCUUCCGAGCACUCGAGUUCCGCGAAACAGCGAGGUUUACCCUUUUACUCUUUGCCCGAAAUCUCUAUCUUGACGGGGAAGCAGCAUAUCUUGCUAUUUUAGCUGAUCAAUACCGCAAGGGCUGGGAAGACGUCCCAGGCAUACGCAACAAUUUGAAGAGGGGGUUCCCGUAUGAGUUCACGCCAGAUGAACUGAAAAUCAUUGAUCGCGACUGUGAAGGAGCUGCCCAUGGCAUUAAUAUCAUGGGAGAUGUCAAGGAGGCUGUUGGAUCGCAUUUCUUUCGAGUUGACGGCACCGUUGACCACGAGGAUUAUGACGAGGUUAAGGAGCUCAUUCGACUGACCAAGGCGGACUUCAUGUCGAAGUAUCCAGAGAACGAGGAGGAGCGCAAGGAAUGGGAAGCUGCCUGGCCGUUUGACCACUGA